AUGAAAUUAUGGCUGAUGUUGUCAAUAACAAGUUAUUUAAUUUUAGAAUGUUUUCCCGGGGCUAUAACAGAAUUUUCGGACUCUAAAGUAUCUAUUCGGGAGAAAAGGCAAGGAACUGUAACAGAUACCUGUGAUUUUGGUGUUGAUCCUGGGUUAUUAACAUGUGAUUGGAAAAAUCGAAAUGGAUCUGCUUUAAAAUGGGAACUAGGAGCCGGUACACUCUCAAAUUGGUUAGGCGGGCCACCGUCAGAUGCAGGACAAGGUGAAGAUGCAGAAAAAGGAGGGUACAUUUUUUUCGAAACAUCUUUGUUAGCUGCACCAAUAGUGCGAGUUGAUGAUAUUACUAUUAGAGAAGGUCAAAAUGCAUUCAUUGAAAGCCCAGUACUUGGGAGUACGGGAGCAGAAGGGAAAUGCAUUUCCUUUAGCUUCAAUGUUGAUGGGCUGAGUGCAGCUGGACUGAGAGUUAUUUUACAACCUACAAAUAAAGAUGGUCGGCCGGAUGGAUUUUUCAGAGUAUUAUGGGGUACUAAGGAUCCAACCAAUAAAGUAUGGAUGAAUUCAGAAGUACUUUAUACAUAUAACAAAGAGCAUCAAGUAGUAUUCGAAGGGUUAGCCAAAGACUUGCCAGAUCCAUUUAGGAAAUUCCGUGGUUAUGUCGCAGUAGACAAUAUAGCAAUAAAACAGGGGCUAGAGUGUAAAGGUCAUUGUACAUUUGAAGGCGGGUUCUGUGGCUGGAUUAAUGAUGAGGAUGAUGAUUUCAACUGGUCAUUGGGGAGAGGAAGUAAAAAUCCAUCUACUGGGCCAGCAACUGAUCGAUCAAGUUUUAUUUAUGGUGGAAUGGAAGGAGGCUAUGCAUUUAUUGACUCAUCAUACCCACGAAGGCCUGGUGAUAUGGCUCGUAUGUCAAGCAUGGAGUUUGAUCCAACUGGACCAGAUACACCACUCUGCCUUCGAUUUUGGACUCAUAUGUAUGGAAAUGGAAUUGGAACAUUGACAAUUUCGAUAAGUGAUACCAGAGAAGGAGAAGAUAGAGAUAUUUGGUCACUUACUGGAGAAGCUGGAAAUUCUUGGUACCAAGCUGAGGUACCUGUUUCAUCGGCAAACCCGUUUAAAAUAAUUAUAAUUGCUAAAAUCGGUAAAAAUAAUCUUGGAGAUAUUGCUGUAGACGACAUUUCUUUGACACCUGGAAGUUGCCCUACUGCUCCCCAAAUCGCGGCAGCCACAUCUGGCGAUUGUACAUUCGAAGUGGAUGAAUGUGGAUGGAGUAAUGUAGUAUCCAGAGAGCGUUUGGACGAUAUUGAUUGGGAAAGGACUUCCGGGGCUGCACUGAGAAGUACAGCUCAUGAUCAUACAUUGGGCACAGAAAAAGGGUAUUUGAUGACAUUGGCACGCACAGCCCUCCAGCGGCCUGGAAGUCGUGCAUGGUUUACAUCAAGAGAUUUCAAAACAACGUCUACUCCUCGUUGUUUGUCAUUCUGGUUCGUGAUGAAUGAACCUUUUAUUGAUACAACUGGCCCAAGUUUAGGCGCUUUGAGUAUUUAUCUGCGAAGUAAUGACAACACUGGAAGUACCAUAAUGAAACCAAUUUGGCGGUUGUAUAACCAUCAAGGCCCAGACUGGCAAUAUGCUCAAGCGCUCAUUAAGGAACCUAAUGAUGCCAUUUUGAUCGAAGGUAUAUGGGGUUCCAGUAGAGCAAAUGGGUUCAUCGCAUUCGAUGACAUAACAUUUUUUGGCGGUUCUUGUUCAAUUAUUCCGGCGGGAGCAAAAGUACGACCGGGUGAAUGUAGAUUUGAACGUGAUAUGUGUGAUUGGUCAAAUGGUACAGAUAAAUCACCAGCUUCGUGGAGAAUGGCUACGGUGAACAGAAGACCUUCCAAUUUACCCGAUAAGACUUUUGGUGCUCCAGAUGGUUAUAUAUACUAUGACUUAUUUAACCAAAUAUUGGGUUCAAAUAUGGUAAGGCUAAUAUCACCAGUCAUACCAGUAACUGACGAGCCACAACUUUGCUUUUCAUUCUGGUAUGCUGCUUUUGGUGCUGGUGAGUCGGCAUUGUUACAAAUUAUGAGACAAGACAAUAGUUCAGGAGAAACACCAGCAGAAAAAAUUUGGAGUCUAGAAGCAAAGAAUAUGGACACCACAAGACCGGCAUGGAUGCCUGCACAAGUAACAGUUGAAUCUAACAAACCUUUUCAUAUAAUUAUGGAAGGACAAGCAACAAACGGAGGAUUUGCUGUAGAUGAUAUAAUAUUCACUCCAGGAUCUUGUCCAACACGUCCAGACAAGGCCGCUCUGAAAAAUCAAAAACUAAAAGCGGCUUAA